UUGAGGGUUGAGGAAUGACACAUAAUUGAUCGCCGGCUGACCGCACAGCAUCACUGACCAUAAUGUCUCGACAGUCGCGGCCGCCCACAUCCUACAGCACCUCAAGACCAACUUCGUACCCCUCCUACACCUAUGGUGAUUAUAACACGACAACAACAUCGUGGCCGCGGACACGCCGAAGCACGGGAAGGCCUUCAACAGUCCGUCCAAGGACUGGUGCAUCAACAAUCGCCCGCGUCGAGGCACAACAAGUUGUCUGCGCCAUCACUGAAUCUCGCGGCAUUUCUCCAACAGUCGGCCUUGCCUUCGUCAACCUCGACACGGGAGAAGCCGUCCUUUGCCAGAUAUGCGACAGCCAGACAUAUGUGCGGACGAUGCACAAGUUGAGGGUGUAUGGACCGUCUGAGAUCCUCAUUAUGACAAGUGCAGCUAGUCCAAAGUCGAAGCUUUUCUCCAUUAUCGAGGAGAAUCUCGACAUUAUGGAGAGCAGGUUGACGCUACUUGAUCGCAGGUUCUGGGCCGAGGGAGCAGGCUCUGACUAUAUCCAGACUUCGGCAUUUGCUGAGGAUAUGGAGACCAUCAAGAUCUCCCUAUCUGGGAACUACUAUGCAGUGUGCUGUAUAGCAGCCGUGCUGAAGUACAUUGAACUGGGUCUCCAAGUCACAUUUCCUCUCCACUCCCUCAGGAUCAAGUAUGAGCCGUCUGAAGGUUCAAUGAUGAUUGACGUAGCGACUAUCCACUCACUCGAACUCGUCCAGAACUUACAGCACCCAAAAUCGCGGAAUUGCCUCUUCGGCCUUCUGAAUGAGACGCAGACGCCAAUGGGGGCGCGCCUACUUCGCAGCAACGUUCUGCAACCACUUACUGAUGCGGAGACGCUGAAUACGCGGUAUGAUGCCGUGGAUGAGUUGCAGAUCAAGGAAGAUAUGUUCUAUGCUACUCGUGCAGCUCUGAAGAACUUCCUGGACGCUGAUAGGAUACUCACGGCUCUAAUCAUCAUUCCGACCAAACCCAGCAUUCAGACUACCGAGCAGAGCAUCAACCAGGUCAUCAUGUUGAAGCAGUUCGUCACUUCGGUCAAACCCGUCUACGAAGCGCUCACCGGAGCAAGAAGCUGGAUGCUCAACAAUAUCCGCGAGCUCUGUGCCCCAGAGAACAUCGUACCCGUCCAGGAAGUCAUCGACAGCGUCAUUAACGAAGACACCACCUACGCGAAGCAACCGCUAGAGCUCCGAAAUCAGCGUACCUACGCAGUAAGAUCGGGAGUCAACGGUCUGCUCGACGUUGCUCGCACCACGUACAAAGAAGCGAUGGAGGAUGCGUACCAGCACAGCACUGAAUUGAGCCAGGAAUACGACAUCCAGCUUGAUCUUAAAUAUGAGGCUGCUCGCCACUUCUACAUUCGGAUUCCCGUGGCUGAGCUCGAGAACAGGUCGCUUCCUCCAGUGUUCACCAACGUCUUCCGGAAGAAAAAUCAUAUCGAGUGCCAGACAGUGGAACUGAUGAAGCGGAAUCAGAAGAUUACCAUCUCGCAUCAGGAAGUAGUGCUGAUGAGCGACGAGGCCGUGCAGGCACUCAUUCAGGAGGUACGUGGGCACAUGUCCGUGUUAUUCAAGAUCUGCGAAGCUAUCGCAAUGCUCGACAUGCUUUCUGCAUUUGCACAUCUUGUAACGGUUAACGACUACGUUCGACCUUGCAUCAGCGAUACCCUUGGACUCAAAGACGCUCGUCACCCGAUCCUUGAGAAGAUCAUGCAGACGAAGUUUGUUCCAAACGAUGUAUACUCCACUCAGCAAACCCGGUUCCAAAUCAUCACCGGUUGCAACAUGAGUGGCAAGAGCACUUUUAUCCGUUCUGUCGCUCUCCUAUCUAUCAUGGCCCAGAUUGGAAGCUUCGUUCCAGCUCGCGCAGCCUAUUUUCCGAUCCUUCAUCAGCUCUUCGCUCGCGUCGGCAUGGAUGACAGCAUUGAGAGCAAUGCGUCGACUUUUGCGGCGGAGAUGAGAGAGAUUGCGUUCAUUCUGAGGAACAUUGACAGGCGCAGCAUGGCUGUCAUCGACGAACUGGGAAGAGGGACUAGCACCCGCGACGGACUGGCUAUUGCUCUUGCAAUUGCCGAGCAACUGGUGGACAGCAGGGCACUCGUGUGGUUUGCUACUCAUUUUAAGGAUGUUGCAACUAUUCUGUCUGAACGGAACGGUGUUUGCUGCUUGCAACUCGCCGUUGAGAUAAGCGACAACGACACGAUGACCAUGCUCUACAAAGCUGUCGAGGGCGCUGUUGAAGAAUCUCACUAUGGUCUCGCACUCGCCCGCGUCGUUCCGCUCCCUCCGCAAGUUCUUGAAGACGCUACCUACUUCGCGCACAAGCUUCACCACCGCCUCCUCAAGAAGAAGAAAACUUCCCCGAAUGUCAUCAAUGAGCGGCGUCGCAAACUAAUCCUUGACCUCAAAGAACAUCUCGUCCAAGCAUACAACGGUACUAUGGAGGGCGAGCUGCUGGCUUCGUGGCUCAAGGAGCUGCAGAGAGAGUUCGUGAAUCGGAUGACGGCUAUCGAUGAGGAUACCGCACGGGCGCAGGAGGAUAGUGAGGAAGAGAUGAAUGAGGAUCAGGAAAUGAGGGAUAGGAGUGUGGUGGACGAAGAGGAAGGGGAUGGGAGCUACGAAGAGCGACCGAGCACACAUACGAGUCAACCAUCAGUCAUCACGAUUGAUUCCGGGAUCACCUCGACAUCGCGGUCAUCGUCUACUCGCUUGCCAUCUCAGGCGAUGUCUUCAGUUCGAGCGGUUUCGGAGAAUGAGCGCUAAGGGAGCUUUAUAGAAUAGGAGGAAGAGGGAAUUAUUCGGCAUGUCGCAUCAUAUUCAGGCGUCAGCAUGUUCCUCAUGUAGGAAUAGUCAUCUGCGAUGGAAAUUUGGUAUCGAUUAACGUAUGCAUUAUACCGGAGUAGACUUAGUUUCACGUAGCGAUU